AUGGCGGCUGCUGUGUACAGCACGCAAAGCAGUUAUACAGCCAAAGCUUACUGCGAGAAUAGCCGAAAAAGCAAAGACUCGAGAAAAAGGAGGGCGGCUCUGUUAUUCCUCACGAACAUUUCACUGGACGGCCGGCCGGUGCGGAAUAUAAACGAGGCGGCGGAGUUAGAAGGAGCUGAGGAGGGUUCGGCAGGGAACGAAGUGUGUUCGGCGACCGGUAGCUGCAGAACCUUCUCGAACCUGUCCUCUUCAGCUAGUGCCCUACUGAGCGUCCCUCCUAUUCUAGUUCUGCCCUCAGACUCGGAGUACGGGGAUGUAGAAAGCACCUAUGCGCAGUCUUUUCCCUCACAGGGGAACCUGCUGUCCCCAUGCAGCCUCCAACCAAGUCCCCUCGUAGCGCGGAAGUCUCCUACACUUCUGUCGGUCCAUAGCUGCGGGUCAUCGCUCGAUUCCCGACCGAGGUCACGUAACCUGUCAGGCUCUGCUUGGCCGCGUUCUCUGAAGAAAGUCCACUUCAUUAAGAAUAUGAGACAGUAUGACACCAGAGGUAGCAGGAUCGUGCUUAUCUGUGCUAAGAGAUCACUGUGUGCUGCAUUUUCCGUCCUGCCAUAUGGCGAGAGCUUCUACAUCAGUGACCCAUCUCUCAACGCUCAAAGGAGGAGGCAUUCAUCCGGAGGGGUUUCCAGCACACUAGAAAUGCUUCCUGGCCUGGAAGGGGUGGAGCUGGGUAUAUACGGCAGGACGGUCUCCUACGCCCAGUUCCUGUACCCCACUAAUGCUUUGGUUCGGGAGAAGCCACCGGAGAUCGCUCUACAGCUGACCCACUCCAGGAACAGCAUCCCACGUAGCUACCCUCCAUCACGCCUCAACAGCGCCGUUGGCAUCGACUUGGGCCUGGAUGAUGCUGAUUAUGAUCCCAACCUGCUUAGUGAUCCUCAGUGGCCUUGUGGGAAGCAUAAACGAGUUCUGAUCUUUAACUCCUACAUGACCACAGUGAUAGAGUAUGUUAAACCAUCAGAUCUGAAGAAGGACAUGAAUGAGACCUUCAAAGAGAAAUUUCCUCACAUUAAACUUACACUCAGCAAAAUCAGAAGUCUGAAGCGAGAGAUGCGCACUGUCGGGGAGGAAUGCAAUCUGCAGCCAGUCACCAUAGCCAUGGCGUUUGCCUACUUUGAAAAGCUCGUCCUGCAGGGUCGCCUCAACAAGCAGAACAGGAAGCUGGUGGCCACAGCCUGCCUCCUGUUGGCUGCCAAGAUCAGCAGCGACCUUAAAAAACAAGAGGUCAAACAGCUAAUUGAUAAACUGGAGGAGAAGUUCAGGCUCGGUCGGCGUGAGCUCAUCGCUUUUGAGUUCACCAUUCUGGUAGGCCUAGAAAUGGCCCUCUACCUGCCUGACAGUAAGGUCAUGCCCCACUACCGCAGACUCACCCAGGGAUCUUCUUAAACUGUUUGUGUGGAUGGUAUGAAUGCAAGGUGAAAAGAGUACGGGUUGAAAAUUACAAACCAGGAAAUUCUGA